AUGGAUGCAAGAACGUCACUGAUUCAAGAAUUUUACGGAUGUCUCAUCUUGCUAAGGCUAUUGACUCCGAACCGACCGAGAGUCAGCUCGGACAAGUCUGUCGGCUUAGCAGUCCUAAGGCGGAACGGAUGGCACGUCUUCCUGGACAGCCUGGCUUGGUUGGCCGAUCACAAAUGCGGUGGGAAAACUGUCACAUCCAUCGCUGUGGAACCCUCCCCGACUGGACCAACAUACUGGGUUGCCAGUAACUCGCCCAUCAAGCCAGAGGUGCUCCGACAUGUGAAUAAACUGUUAUCUGCUCUGCACCACGAAAGUUCGUUGGAUACGUCAUCGCAGAUGGAGCUGAUCCGAAAGAUUGCACGCGAUUCUAUCGAAUUUUCUGGUCUCCGUGUUCGAGACUACGGUCAAAGAUUAAAGGGCACUAUAGCUGCCAUUGAUGCAAAGAAGCCCCUUGUGACACUUGAUGUGAGUGAACGACGGCAUUUGGAAUCGUUUCUGGAUCUUUCGAAAGAUCCAGAUCGGUUGAUCGAUUUAUCAAUGGAAUUCAAACGAUCUGAACUUCUCAAGCGGCUCUGCCAACUGAUCCAGGCUUCUGGAGAAAAAAUCUCGUGGAUAGAAGUGCGGCACCUGUUGGGUAGAUUAUGUUCCUGGGUUCGCGCAGCACGUCGUCUCGUCCUCAUGUGCGAGCGCUUCCGCGACCGCAUCAAGAAUGCUCGAGUGAGACAAGUCGACAUGUCUUCCAUCAGUCCGGCUAAUUUUCAGCUACCUUGGCGCGAGCCUGUCGAUAUUUUGCGCGCGUUGAUGCCGGAAUUUCAUGGUUCCCGACUUCAGGAUGCAUUAAAUGCGCGUCAGAACGAUAAGGUGGUCGAUCGAAUUCUUGGGUGUCUUUCGAAAUGGACAGCGGACAAAUUUGAUGCAGAUCUCCACGCAGAGGUUAUUCUGCUACUCCACUUCCACGUGCGACGGCUCGACUUCAUCGCGGGUGACCGCUACAUCGGUUGCAGUAAGCCAUCUUGCUACUGCUGCGAUCUAUAUCUUCGAAAGCAUCCUGCUGGAGUCCAGCCACGCCCAAGUCACGGUAAUGUAUGGAUUAGAUGGGCAACGCCACAACUUUGCGCGGAGUUGAUACCCGGCGAAGAAAAGGUUUUGCAAGACGUUGUGACCACUGUCAAGUUCGAUCUGCGCUAUCAGAUCAUGUCUGGGCCGACACUGACGAGGCGACCACCAGACUCUACAACGGGAUUGGGAAGCACAGAUCCUCGAUCUGAUCCCCACUGA